GCAAUGACUGACAAGGGUGAGCCAGAAAUUGAUGUGAUCAAUUAUUUACAAGUACUCCAAGAAGAUUUUGAUAUUCUCUUUAAAAAUAUUAAUCAUACGACUGAAUUGACAACAAAGAGGAAAUGGGUCGGUAUUUUUGAUGUUGAUAAUUAUUUUGAAGGUGUUUUUAUUUAUAAAUUUAACUUCUUUUAUCGCACUUUGAAGAGCGAUGAUGACGAUUCUAUAUCAACUGCAGUUGAAAACAACAUGCUAAAGAACCAUGUGCAAAAAUUAACACAAGAUAAAAACGAAACCAAGAAGUCAGUUGAAGAUGAAACGGGAACUUCUCAUUCGACAAACAAUAUUAUUGAAUCCGGUUCACCGACAAACUCACACCCUUCUAUAUCACAACAUCUCUUUGUUCCUUAUCAAUCAUCUCCUAUUUCUCUUCAAUCCGAAUCGUUCGAUGAGAUUUCUACCUUUUCAACAGCAAACAGUUUCGUUAUUGAUGAAAUAAACCAUUCUGCAGCAACAACACUAACUUCUUUUAUUGAGGCAAUAGAGUCAACAAUUCUUGAAGCUUAUAAAAGCCUCAGAAGGUCUGUAAAAAUCGUGUUCUUUGCCAAUGGUAGGAUUCCAAUACUUUAUUAUGAUCAUACUUCUGCAUCGGCCACCAUCACAUAUGAAGAUCAAAAAAUUAAAUAUAUGAAAUUUGCUGAUAACGGAUAUGGAAUCCUGGGUGAAUACUAUUCAGAGAUUAUAAAUCACUUUAUUCAUAUUUUUCCAAAUUCAAAGGGAGAAAUUGGUGGUAAUUAUGAAAAAAGGUGGAUAGAAGUAAUCGAAUUUAUAGAUAAGGAUAAAGUUUUGGAGCUUGCUCGUUUUAAAAAGAGAAAAAUAGAUUAUUGA